CAUUGUGAUGCGCCUUUCUGAUCCAGAUGCUCAUCCCUCUCUCGUCCUUUUGAUUUGGCAGCAACGGAUUCGCAACGACAUACUAUCCGGUCUGCAAAAGCAGUCAUGGAGUCAUGACCUUCAAAUCGUGAAUCCGAAACUCAAGUCUCGAAGUAGUGACUCAGUCUGGCUCGCCAGCAGCAGCCCUUGCGUGGGCACAUCAGCACACCUCAGUCGUCCUAGCUUGCACGUUAAUCACAAUUGACGCCCACAGCUGUAGCCGCUCGCUAAUAGCGUCUCUGCGGUCAUCAUGUCUCAGCGAAACUCGCUCGAAGUGCCUGGUCAGCAGCACGGACACGCCAUUGCUGCUCAGCACCAGAGUGGCUCCUCAUCGCCGCUUUUCGGCACCAGUCCGACGCAGAGCUCAGGGCAUUUGCACAACCAUCAUCACCAACCUCGGCAUCACACCGCAUCUCCCGUCCACUCCAUCCUACGAUGUCCUCGAGGUUCAGGUCCGCAUCCCUCCUCUCGAGCACCUUCUCCCACGCGCGCUAUCAUGAUUGAAGGUGGUGGUACCAGCAGCGCUGCGAACAGCAGCUCUUCCAGUUCUCCUACACCCACACCUAGCAAUGCCACCUUUUCGGGCGCAUCAUCUCCAAACGAUAGCAAAUCUUUUUCCCCAAAUCGUUCACCUCGCACGUCGGAUGGUCCUCUGCCAAACAUUAGCCCAAGCACCUCGCCCGCCCCGCACGCAGAGCAGUCCGUCUCCUUUGUGCCAUCGCAGAUAGCCGGCUCUAGUGGGGUCACAUCGACCGCUCCUUCUGUAUCUUCUCCGCUCGCACCCCACACUUCUUCCAACGUCUCGACAGCAUCCUCACCGAGCGCCGUCAAGACUUCUCAUAGGCCUUCCAGCAGCAGCGGUGGUAGCGGAGGUGCGAUCAGCUUCGAAGCUAGAGGACGUUCGGCUGCGACAACGGGGAUCAAGCUGCCCCCCAGAGCUCAGAGCGCCUCGCUGGGUGGCCUGAGCGAAAAGGGCGGAGCUUGGGAACGUAAGGUUGGGUUUGAUUGCACGGAAGAGAACAUCACUGGAGAAUUCAGCUUCACGUUACAGGUCAAGUCCAGAGGGUACAAGCGGACAAAGAACACGCGGACAUUCAUGUGCGCCAUAGAUGAGAAUGCAUACAGUGAGCGUGCGCUCGAAUGGCUCAUGGAGUCCUUGGUAGAGGAUGGAGAUGAGAUAGUCGCCCUCAGGGUGUUGGAAGGGGAGCCAUGGGACAUCGACCAAGAUGAAGCCAGAGAAGAAGCUCGCGAUCUCAUCGACUCCAUCGUAGACCUCAACGAUGACGUUGAAGAGCGCAAGAUAUCCAUCGUGGUCGAGUUCGUCGCUGGCAUGAGCGUCACCUCGACAGUUGUGCGCAUGAUACAUGUGUAUCGACCAGACAGCUUGACAAUUGGCACGCGAGGCAAGACGAUGAACACGCUGCAAAAGAUGCUGGCAGGAGCGACAAUGGGCAGCGCUUCAAGAGAGUUGCUUUCGAGAUCGCCUGUGCCUGUUGUCGUCGUCAGGCCAGAGGCAAAGGUCACCAAACAUCGCAAGAAACGAGAAGCAGACCCGAAGAGGCGGUCUUACCAUGAUCUAGUGGCCAAAGCAAAAGCAGAGUCCUUGCCAUUAAGCAGAGAUGGCUCGAGGGAUCAUCACAUUUUGGGCCAUCGUCACUUCUCCAAGGGAGACUCGGGCGAGAGCGGCGCCAAGCCGAAAUGAAGCGCCAUAUGUAUGAUACAAGUAUCGACAUGUGAUGAUUGUUGCUUGC